GUAGUAACAUAAUUUUCAGACUUGUAUUGAUGAGAAUCUCUAAAAUAACUGAAAUAUUCGCCUAAAGAAAUAUUUCGUUCCUUCAAGCGAUUGUGUACAUUUUAAUACAAUCUAUAAGUAAUCUCUUGUACAGGGACCUCUGCUCCUCAUUAAUGACAAUAUCAACCAAACGCCUAGAACAUUCACCAGUUUAAAUUUGGUUUAUUUUCCUCGCCUCAGACAUAUUCAACAUUAUCGGGAUGUUUGUACAACAGCUGUGUUUGAUAUCAAAACACUAUUGCAAGACAAAUUUCAAACAAAAUUUGUUUUUACACACUUGUAUGGUAAUAUUAGGUCAAACGCACAUGGUGCAACCGUUUUGGAACAAAAGUUGCAAAUCAGUUUGCAACCAGUUGGUGUUAAUUUAUUCAAUCAGUAUAGUUACUAUUUUCGAUUUUAUACUACGUCGAGUUCAGAUGAAGAUGACAUCAUUAAUUAUUAUCAAUACCUCAGGCUACGCAGAGUACAGCGGAAACAUUAGAUCCAUCUAUACAUAACGAGAAAAUGCGAACUCUACUGUUUACAGCAGCAAAAGUAUUAUGUUAUUCAUACUUUUCUACUUCUCCAACGAACUCUAAGUUUAGUUCUUGGUCACUCAUGUUCAUAAAAAUACUAAAACAAUACAUGUGCACGAAUACGAAAGUUGGGUGCAACUUAAAAUUGCAUCGCAACCGUGGAAACCGAAUGAGUACAACCGAUUUGAAACUGGUUGCAAACUAUCCUAAUUUUGUUCACUUCGUUUGCGGACGCCCCAGUUUUACGUUGCCUAGGUCACAAAACAGUUUUUCGGCCUUAAGAAAAUCGAAAAAUUGUUACGCCAAAAUCGUAACAUCUGAUUACUAUGAUAAAAAUUGAAUUGUACACUGAAAACUCGGUCAUCGAGAUAACAUUGAUAAUUGAUAACGAAGUAGCCGGUGCACAUGUUUGGAGAGAAAUAUUUUUAUCAAUUUGAUAUCAUUACCUUUAAAUAAGUUUCAAUUUUUGAAUGUUCGUCUGAUCACGAAUUGUCAACUAUUUCUGGUCUUGGAAGUAUUCAGCUACACACAGUCAACUGGUACAAUGUUGAAGUCUUUAUUAUUGAUUAGAGGAAUACAUAUACCUAGCACAAAUUGGUCAUCUAACAAAUCUCAACUGUUAAAAUUACGAAAAAAGACAGGAUAUACAUUUGAAAGUUGUAAAAAGGCUUUACAAUUAAAUGAUAAUAGUUUGGAAAAGUCUGAGGAAUGGUUGAAAGAAGAAGCUCAAAGAUUAGGAUGGGCUAAAGCCAACAAACUUGCCAACCGUGCUACUGCUCAAGGACUUAUUGCAUUUGCCAUUGAUAAUCGGAAAGAAAUUGCCACCAUGGUGGAAGUGAAUUGUGAAACUGAUUUUGUUGCUCGAAACAAAAGUUUUCAUUCCAUUGUAGAUGUAGUUACUUCAUCUUGUUUAGAUUUUGCUAAAAAACAAAAGGCAUUGGAAAAUUCAUUUUCUAAGGUUAAUUUAAAAAGUGGUGAGUUAAUGGCAUUAAGUGGUGCUGAAGGUAAAUCGUUGGCAGAUCAUGUUGCAGUUACAAUAGGUAAUCUUGGAGAAAAUGUUACUCUCAGACGUGCUACAUGUUUAAACACCCAAGAUACGGGAUUGAAAAUUAUGGGCCUUACUCAUCCGUCUAAUCUAACUGGAUCUCAUUUUCUUUGUGGUAAAUAUGGAUCACUUUUAAUUUACCGUAAACAACUGGAUACUGAUAAAAUUAAUCAAAAAUCUAUGGAACACUCUCAUGAAGAAAUACUUCGACAAAUGUGUCAACAUGUUAUCGGUAUGAAUCCAAAAAGUGUCGGAGUUCUUAAAACAGAUGAUUCAGUAAUAUUUAAAGAUGUGGCGACUAAUAAAAAUGUUAAUGAAAAUGAAGACUCAUCAUUGGAUAAUAUAGAUGAAAAUAAAUCAAACUCUGAAAUUGAAGAAGAUGGUAUGUUGGAACAGGAUUUCUUAUUAGAUCCCUCUAUGACUGUUGGACAAGUAGCUACUGAUUAUGGUAUUGAUGUAUUAGAUUUUGUACGUUACGAAUGUGGUGAAACUUAAAUUUGCAUUUAUAUAAUUACUGUAAAUUUUAAAAUUAAUUUUUAAUUAUUAUGUUAAACUGCUUUUAACUAGU